AUGGAUCAACAAAGAUUCCUGCAGCAGCUGCAGAUCAUACUCAACCCUGCCAAUGGCAACGUCAAGGAUGCCACGGGUGUCUUGCAAAAAGAGUACUACAACAAGCCCGAAUCCUUCAUCUUCCUCAUCCAGAUCGCUACCGGCCAUGACAGUGUCGACCUGCGCCAGCUCGCUGCUGUCGAGGCCCGCGGUCUCGUCAGCAAGUUCUGGAUCAAGUUCCCCGCCGACCAGAAGCCACAGAUCCGCGAGCAACUUCUCCGCGGUACCAUGAGCAGUGAUUCGGAGCUGGUGCGCCAUGCCAUUGCCCGCAUCGUCUCUUCAAUUGCCAAGAUUGACCUUCCGGAUGGAGAGUGGGCCGAUCUGCCAAACAUCCUCGCUCAGGCUGCCGUCAGCAACAACAAGGAUGAGCGCGCAAUUGCCAUCUACAUUUUCUUUACCGUUCUCGAGUCCCUUGGAGAGGGCUUUGAGGAGAAGUUCAAGGACCUGUUUGCUCUUUUUAGCAAAACCAUCCGCGACCCGGAGAGCGCCGAGGUGCGAAUCAACACACUGCUGGCUCUUAGCAAACUUGCUACCCAUCUCGACUCCGAUGAGGAUGAAGCUCCCGUCAAGGCCUUCCAACAGGUCUUCCCCGACAUGGUGCACGUGCUCAAGGACGCCAUCGAUACCACCGACGAAGACCGCAUUAUGCAGGCUUUCGAGGUCUUCCAGACACUGCUUGGAUGUGACCCCGCCCUCAUGAACGCCCACAUGAAGGAUUUGAUCACUUUCAUGAACGAAAUCUCUGCCAACACCCAACUGGCCGAGGACACCCGUACACAGGCCAUCAGCUUCUUGAUGCAGUGCGUCAAGUACCGCAAGAUGAAGGUCCAGGGCCUCAAGGUUGGCGAACAGCUCACCCGUACUGCCCUCCACGUCGUCACUGAAUUAGACGACGAGGAUGAUGAAGACGAGAUUACCCCCGCUCGCUCCGCCUUGGGUCUGCUUGAUAUGCUUGCCCAGAGCCUGCCACCCAGCCAAGUUGUCGUUCCACUGCUGCAAGCCCUUGGCCAGUACUUCAAUAGCGACAAUGGAGAUUACCGUCGUGCCGGAAUUAUGGCCUUGGGAAUGUGCGUUGAGGGUGCUCCCGACUUUAUCAGCACCCAGUUCUCUGAAAUCAUGCCCAUGGUCCUGCACCUUUUGAGCGACAAGGAUCCCAAGGUCCGUCAGGCGACUCUUCACGGUGUUGCUCGUCUUGCCGAUGACCUCGGCGAGGAUGUUGGCAAGGAGCACGCCAAGCUCAUGCCCCUUUUGGUCCAGAACCUUGCCAGCGCCAUGGAGAGCUACAAGGGCGAGGAGACCGGUCCUACCGUUAACAUAAUGAAGGCUGCUGUCAGCGCUAUUGCUACUGUUGUCGAGGGUCUUGAAUCCAAGGACGUCGUUCCUUACCAAGAGGAACUUAUUCCCCUUAUGCACAAGCUCUUCAACCACCCCGACUUCAGGAUCAAGGGCUUGACCGCUAAUGCUAUUGGCUCCCUGGCGUCAUCUGCUGGAGAGGCAUUCCUGCCAUACUUUGAGAAGUCCAUGCACCUCAUGCAAGAGUACGCCACCAAGAAGGAGAACGAAGAGGAGCUUGACCUCCGUGCUAGCAUUAUUGAUGCUAUGGGUCAAAUGUCCGCUGCCGCUGGCCCCCAGAACUACCAGCCUUAUGUUGAACCGCUCAUGCGCGCCAGCGAGGAGGCUCUCCACCUCGACCACUCCCGCCUCAAGGAGAGCACUUACAUGCUGUGGGGCUCCAUCUCUAAGGUUUAUGGAGAGGACUUCAAACCGUUCCUGGAUGGUGUCUUCAAGGGCUUGAGUGCUUGCAUCGAGCAGGAGGAGGCUGACCUCGAGGUUGAACUCGGCGAAGCCGCCAAGGACCUUGUCGGCCAGGAGGUUACUAUUGGUGGCCGCAAGAUCAAGGUUGCCGAUGUUUCUGAUGAUGAGGAAGAUGGUGGCAUUGAAGACAUCGACCUUGAUGAUGAUGAAGAUGACUGGGAUGACUUUACCACUGUCACUCCUCUCGCUCUCGAAAAGGAGAUCGCUGUCGAGGUUAUCGGUGAUUUGAUCAGCCACACCAAGGGUGCUUAUCUUCCAUUCUUCGAAAAGACCAUCGAGCUGGUGCUCCCUCUUACUGAGCACCCGUACGAGGGUGUCCGCAAGAGCACUAUCAGCACUCUUCACCGUGCGUAUGCCACUUUGUUCGCCCUGGCCGAGGACAAUGGUCAGAUGCCCAAGUGGGAGGCUGGCCUUCCUGUCAAAGUUGAACCACCUACUGAAGUUAAGAAAUUCGGCGAGAUCCUCAUGACUGCCACCGUCAAGAUGUGGGGAGAAGAAGCUGAUCCAGCCACUGUUGGCGAUCUCUGCAGCAACCUCGCCGAUAACCUGCGCUACACCGGCCCUUCGCUCAUUUCAAGUGAAAACGUGCUCACCAAUGUUGUCCAGCAAGUUACCGACCUCAUCAGCAAGAAGCACACUUGCCAACAAGACUUUGGCGAUGAUGAGGAGCUCCAGGAAGUCAUGGGUGAGACAUCCGAAUUUGACUGGAUCGUCAUUGACCGCGCUCUCGACGUCGUCUCUGGUCUCGCCGCUGCUCUUGGCCCGGACUUCCCAGAACUCUGGAAGAUUUUCGAGAAGAGCGUGCUGCGCUUCAUCAGCAGCUCGGAGAACAUCGAACGCGCCACCGGUGUUGGUGUCCUUGCUGAAGUGAUCGCUGGAAUGAAGGAUUCAGUUACCCCGUUGACUGGUCGCUUCUUGCCUCUUCUCCUCAAGCGUCUCGCCGACGAGGACCCUCAGACCAAGUCUAAUGCUGCCUACGCCACUGGACGUCUUAUUGAGGCUACCAACGACGCCUCCAUUGUAUCCCAGUUCCCUACAAUCAUGCAAAAGCUUGAGCCAUGCUUGCAACAGGAGGUCUCCCGUCUCCCCGAUAACGCUACUGGUUGUCUGUCUCGCAUGAUCCUGAAGCAGCACGACAAGGUUCCCAUCGCCGAUGUGCUCCCUGCCAUUGUCAAUGUUCUGCCAUUGAAGAAUGACUACGAGGAGAACGAGCCUCUUUACAAGAUGAUUGCUCAACUCUACAAAUGGGAAGACCCCACCGUUCGCCAGCUUACACCCCAGCUCCUGCCCAUAUUCCAGUCCGUCCUCUCCGACGAAGACCAACUCGAGGAUGACCGACGCCAGGAGUUGGUUGAGUUGGUUCAAUGGCUCAACAAAUAG